AAACAAUUACGUUAGACUGAAACCCGGUUCUGCUCUAAUUCCCCCUCUCAUCAUCCUCCCACCAAAAGUUUUUUUUCUCUAUCUUCAUACUCCGUCCGAAAAUUUUCCGCGCCAUUAAAUGGCUUCUACUAACUUACUUCAAUCUUCAUCUAUAUCCUGCACACUCCUCCCUCACCUCUCACGACACAUUUCUCACUCCACCAACUUACGCCUCUACCACUCUUCUUCGUCUUCCAAUAAUCAAUCCAUCUCAUUUAAAACCCUAAAAGGAACUCCAUUAUUGGAUGUUUCAGCACACGCCAAACGUAGGUUUACAUCUAAAGAAGUCGAAGUAGCUUCACCCUCUGAUCUCUUAUUUGAGUCACCACUCAAAAUUGUUGAAUACCCAGAUCCAAUUUUAAGAGCAGCGAAUAAGAAAAUCGAUACGUUUGAUGAUAAUUUAAAGAAAUUAGCAGAUGUGAUGUUUGAUAUUAUGUACAAAACUGAUGGUAUUGGGCUUUCGGCGCCUCAAGUUGGAAUUAAUGUUCACCUUAUGGUUUUUAAUCCGGAAGGGGAACGUGGUAUUGGCGAUGAAAUUGUUCUUGUAAAUCCAAGAAUUAGUAAAGUUUCACAGAAAAAGGUUCAUUUUGAAGAAGGUUGCUUAUCCUUUCCCGGAAUUUACGCAGAUGUUGAGAGACCAGAGUCUGUUAAGAUCGAUGCGCGGGAUAUUAGUGGUGAAAGAUUCACAAUUAGCUUAUCAAAACUCCCUGCACGGAUUUUCCAGCAUGAAUUUGAUCACCUAGAGGGAACUCUCUUUUUUGAUAGAAUGACCGAAGAUGUAAUUGAUAGUAUCCGUGCACAGCUACAGGCCUUAGAAAAGAAGUAUGAAGACAAGACUGGGGUUCCAAGCCCCGAGAAGGUUGACAAUCGUAGAAGACCAAGGGUGGUUGCUGGUUUUGGAAAAUCAUGAAUCUGGAAACAGGAUUACGUGAUAUAAUUUGGACCCAAUUUGCACGUGUGGCGCUUCAUCAUGAAGAAGAAGCAAUAUCUCACACAGUGGCAGGAGAUGCAAUGUAUUGGGAGCCGUAGAUGGAGGUUUAUAAUUUCCUCUUGCUUAAGUAGUCUUGGAUCAUUAAAAUUCUAUAUAUUUGUGUUGCAGAGGUUUUCAGUAAACUGAGGAACGUAAAAAUGCACAAGUUGUUGAUAUUAAAACCAGAGGCAUUUGCCGUAUUAUAAAUUAAUGCAGUGAGAUGCAAGUUCUUUGUUUCA